ACACAUCAUGUUGCUCACGUUCAUGAAAAGAAGUCAAUGCAUGAUCCUUCUCUUUCCUCAUCCCACAUGAUGCAUCAGAUGGAUCCAAGAACAACCGUAUUUUUCGUUUUAGAUGAUCUCAAGUUAGGCAAAACAAUGAGUAUCCUUUUCCCUGAAGGAGAUCCUAAUCCUUUGUCCUCUCCUUAUCUCUGGCCUAGAGAACAAGCCGAUGCUAUCCCCUUUUCAUUGGCAAAACUCCCACAGAUUCUUCAACACUUUUCAUUCCCUCAAGGAUCUCGCAAGGCCCAAGUGAUGGAAUAUACACUCCGAGCAUGCGAGUCUGAGCCUAUGAAGGGAGAAUCCAAGGCUUGUGCCACAUCCUACGAGUCAUUGGUAGAUUUUGCACAAAAGAUCUUGGGAUUGAAUACCGAUAUUGAAGUUUUAUCAACGCAUCGCCUCGCAAAAUCUAAUGCUGCUAGAUUACAGAACUAUACAAUCACAGAAGCCCCUGAACGAAUUUCAACUCUAAAGAUUGUUGGUUGUCACACCCUGCCAUAUCCUUUCAUAGUUUUCGGUUGCCACUCUCAGCAGGGUGAUAAUCGUUUAUACAGGACUGUUCUAUCUGGAGAGAAUGGUGAUAGGGUUGAAGCUAUUGCAGUAUGUCACAUGGAUACCUCCCAAUGGAGCCAUGAUCACGUUUCCUUCCGAGUGCUUGGUAUCGAACCGGGCGCUGCCCCUGUUUGCCAUUUCUUCCCAGCAGGGGACGUUGUAUUGGUUCCAUCUACUUCUUCACGCUAUAUAUCCAAGAGCUCUAGUGCUUUCAGCAUUUUAGUUGUUUAGCUCAAGUCACCUUGU